UCCAUUGAAUUGAUAAAUCCUCUAUUGCCCCCUCCCUCUCUCUUUCCUGUCACUCUCGCUUCAUCAAUCCACCUGCAUCUAUCUGUACGAGCUCUGUGCAAACCACACAUCAUACAACCAAACCAAAGAAAGAACACCAUUAUUUCCCAUCAGAGUUCCCUUUACUUCCAUUCACUAAACCAAUCAAUAAAAAUAUCUCCCUCGCUCUUUAAAAUCUUACAUUAUUACCCUACUCUCCUUCAUGAUCGAUCACUAAACCAACAAGAAAGAAAGAAAAAUACAUGGAUACAUUUGUAGACAGACUCCAUCGAAGCAACAGCAACAAUAACAGUAGCACUGGUAACAACAACACAAUUAGAAGGCUUAGAAGCAAUGGCAGCAUGAAAGGUGGCCAUGCUUCACCAAUGUUCCCUACUAAUGGCAAGAAACGUGGCUGUGCUUUUGAAAAUCCUGAACCCUCUUCUCCAAAGGUUACUUGCAUUGGUCAAGUGAGAGUAAAGACCAAGAAACAAGGCAAUAAACUGAGAACAAGAUCAGAGAAGAGAGGGGAGAUAAGUUUUAGAAGAGUAGACCAAAACAGCAAUGCUUUUGAAGGGAGCAAUAAUCAUCAAGAUUUGAUUAACAAUCAGUUCUUGAAUCAGCAGCAGCAACAAGAGGAUUUGUCAUCCAGGAAUCCAAGAUGGGUGCAUUUGCCUGUGACUAUAUGUGAAGCUUUAAGGACUUUUGGAGCUGAGUUUAAUUGCUUUUUACCUUGCCGGUCUUCAUGCACGGCAAGUGAAAAAGAGAAAGAAGAGAAGGCAGCGGCAGCAGGAUCUAAUAACAAUGGCAGUAGCUCUUGUGGGGCGGUGUUUGCUAGGUGGUUGGUGGCAGUGCAAGAGGAAGAAGGGAAAGGGAGGGAGAUAGAGUUGGUGGUUGGAGAAGAAGAAGUCGAAGAGGAAAGAGAUGAGAGGAGGAGGAGCUAUAGGAGACAUGUCUAUGAAGAGAUUCAAUUUAAAGAUGAGAAAUUUGGAGGAAAUGAGGAUUUGCAAGAAGAGGAAGAAGCAAGGGUAAAUAUUUGUAUACCACCAAAGAAUGCUUUGUUGUUGAUGAGGUGUAGAUCUGAUCCUGUUAAAAUGGCUGCUCUAGCUAAUAAGUUUUGGGAAGCACCUGCUCCGCAAGUUGAAGAAGAUGAGCAAGAAGAUAAUGAAAAGGAUAGAAAUUUGGGAGUAGAAGAAGAAAAGCGCGUCAAUGUAGAAGAUAAAAGAGAAGUUGGGCCAGGUCAUGAAGAGGAAGAGCAAAUAAAAGUUGUGCAAGAAAGUAUUAGGGAGCACAAGGAGGAUUUGUUUGUGGCUGAAAAUCUGGUCUCUUUCGAAACUGUUGAAGAGCAGCAUAUUCAAGAAACUGGUGUAGGUUUGGCUCUUUUGGAAGGCGAAGGUGGAGCAGAUAGCCAACAAGUCAGAAGCACAGUUGAGAACAUUGAUGGGGUUCUACAAGAAUGGAAUCUGGUGAAGCAAGAAGAGGAACCAGAAAUUCAUGAGGUCGUGAACUUGCAGCCAACAGCCACAGCACAAGAAACUGUUGGUCUAUGCAGUGAUCAGUCUUCACAAGAUCAAGAAAUUGCAGAUCCAGAGGCCUUGAUGAAUCACGAAAAUGAAAACAAGAUGGUUCAAGAAAAUGAGGAUAAUCAAGAAGACAGAACACUCAAAGCAGAACAAGAACAUGUAGUGGACUUCAGUGAUGACAUUGAGGAGAAUUCAGUGUCUGCACAGUUCGAACAAGAAAGCUUAGAGGUUGCUGUCAAAGACUUGCAGGACCAAGAACCAGAGCCACGCUCUGUUGCUGAAUCACAAGUACAAGAGUCAAAGGAAGAGAAAGAGACCGAGCAAGAGGAGGAAGAACAGACAGUGACCCAUGAAAGAUCCGAAGCCGAAGACCCGAAAACCCAGGAAGCUGGUCAAACGGGUACGGGUGUCAAGUCAAAGGAAAGAGAUAGUAGUCAACCACUGUUACCAGAUUGCCUGCUGUUAAUGAUGUGUGAGCCCAAGCUGUCAAUGGAGGUAUCCAAAGAAACUUGGGUUUGCACUACGGACUUCAUCAGAUGGUUACCAGAGCAUUCAAGGCCAGUCAAUAAAGCGGACGGUAAAGAUGAGCCCAAGAAAAGAGCCAGCAUCGACAGUAAUCCUGCGCAGGUGCAUAAUAGUAACGGCAUCAUCAACAACAACAACAACUUGCAGCAGCCAGCUAGGUCUUCUUGUUCAUAUCCGGGUAAGCCGCCGGCUCAUGGAGCCGGGACAGAGUCCAUGUCCACAAUGAUAGAGCAGAAGCUGGUGGGAGCCAGGGCAUACGAUCCAUUUGUUCUGACGCGCUGCAAGUCUGAACCAAUGAGGUCAGCUUCUAAGCUUGCCCCGGAGGCUUGUUUCUGGAUGAAUAGGAAGCUCGAGCCUCAUGGAGCAGCGGCUACGCUUGGGGUCGGCGCGGCUGGUGUUGGGUUUUAAAGGCCAUGUCGAUGGUAAUAAAAUUAAAGGGCUCCUGCUUAAAAGUUAAAAAAGAGUGCGGUAAGGGUAGUUUUUGUAGUAUUGGUAGCGGUGCUUUUACUCUUUUUUACUGCCAUGCGUUCCUGUAAAUCUUGCUUUCCCAUUAUUUGAAGCAAACCUCUUUUGUUUCUUUUUUGUCCUAUAAGAUAAGGCAGCAUCAUGUGUUUGUUACGACAUGGUGGAAAUAAUAGUGGAGUGGAGUAGAGUGCAUGUUACUACUGUAUGGUCCACUAGGGGUCUCUUUUGGCCCGUUUGAUUUGUGAGAUUCUGGGACUGAUGAAACAGGCAGUUGAGCAAUGAUUUGAUAUUGAAUUAUUAA